UACAAACAGCUAGCAAUUAAAACAGAGUCUUAUUUACGCUAACUACAUUGGGCCCGGGGCAGAAUGUUGUCGCUAAUGAACGGUCGGAGUUACAGAUUACUCCUAAAGAAAAUAUUGGAUUCCAAUAGGGUGUGUCACACAAAUGUCCAAGUGUGUCCACCAUUGGUGACCAAGGUCGCUUGCCAGCCCAGCAAGCCGGCGGGCGAUUCGGGCUGCGGCGCCGUUGCUCAAAGUGGCUCAGAUGGCUCUGGCUCUAAGGGCAAGCAUCAGAUCACGUUCAAGCCGUACGUGGCGCCGUGCUACAAGGACCACGACGCCAAGAACAUGGGGCUGAAGCGGCCGAUGUCCCCCCACUUGACCAUAUACGCGCCGACUAUGCCUGCGAUGACGUCCAUCUUGCAACGAAUCACUGGUAUAAUAGCAACAUUUUACGCGUGUAUGCUCUCAGCGGGAACAUUGUUCCUUUCAAACGGGGUGGAGUCCUACGUGUCCAUGAUCCAAAGCCUGGACCUCUCCAGGCCGAUGAUCCUGCUCAUCAAGGUCCUCGCGGGCGCACCCUUUGCCUACCACUACUUCUUCGGCAUAAGGUUCUGCAUUUGGAACUCGGGAAGGUGGCUCACAUUAAAAGAUGUAAAUUCAUCCGUAAAACCUUUGUUUAUAGCAACCGCUGUCUCAAUGUUCUUUUUCGCGAUACUUUAGAUAAGUGAGUUCAGGAUCUGCCUUUGAUUGGCUCUUUAGUCAACUCAUCCCGCUUAAAACUCAUCCUGCAGGAUGAGUGGAUUAGAUCAUUUAAUUAUUCUUUCUAAGUCAACUGAUCUCACUAUAAAAAAAAGAAAAUUUAAGUACACACGUGAGCAAAAGUCUUUAGAGAAAAAAAUGACACACCGUGGUUUUGUUAUACUGAUAUAAAAAAAAUCACUUAAAUCUACUGCUAAACACUUUUGUUCGUGACUAUACAAAUCAUAAAAUGCAUCAGUGGGAUCAGAUGCCCGAUUCAAAACAUUCCUUAGGUCAACUCAUCCCGCGGGAUGAGUUCAAGCGGCCUCAGUUGACUAAAGAUCCUUAGAUUUCAUGUGCCAUUCUGAGUCUGUAUUUUAUUUUACUUAAGAAUCGUUCCUUAAUUGAUAUUAGAUAGUUAUAAUGAAA